CAGCAAACAGGAAAUUAUGUCAGUCACCAUAGUUACUAUACCACACUAAGGAAGUUCUGUAUUUCACUGAUCAUUUGCUCAAUAGAAACGUGGUCCAGGCAGAGCCAGCCAAGCCAACACCCAUCACUGCAAUGCCGACAGAAAUAACACACACACACUGACCAUUUGUCAGGGCACAAAGUUUUGAUCUGGUUCCACAAGCAGACUGUAUGACAAUGAUGGCAACUCCAAACAACAGCAGCAUGGCUACCUCUGUUGUUACCAACUGCACCAACUUAUACGAUCAUCGUGUUUGGGCGCAUGUACUCCUACCAGUGAUUUACACUUUCAUAUUCAUUGUGGGAUUGUUCGGUAAUGUUUUGGCACUGCAUGUCAUCUGGCCCAAUAUGAAGAAGAUCAACUCCACUACGGUUUACUCUGCAAACUUGGUAGUAUCUGACAUCCUUUUCGCGCUUGCACUUCCUCUGCGAGUGGCUUACUAUGCCAUGGGAUUCCACUGGCCAUUGGGUGAGGGCUUGUGUAAGGCCACAGCUCUGCUGUUCUACAUAAAUAUGUAUGCUGGAGUAAACUUCAUGACCUGCUUGAGUGUGGACCGCUUCAUUGCUGUGGUGCUCCCGUUGCGCUUCAGCUGCUUCCGUAAAAUUCACAAUGUGCGCUACAUCUGCGUCGGUGUGUGGAUACUGGUGCUGGCCCAAACACUCCCACUUCUCUCCAUGCCAAUGAGCCAUGUGGAGCAUGACGGCUACAUCACAUGCAUGGAAUACCCCAACUUCGAGCAAGUUGAUAGCUUGCCCUAUAUGCUGAUCGGAGCCGUGUUCCUGGGCUAUGGCAUUCCUUUGGUAACCAUCUUGCUCUGCUACUCUGCUCUGUGCUGCAAACUUCGCGAACUGGCCAGGACAAACCAGUUAACUGAAAAGUCGGGCCUUAGCCGUAAGGCCACUGGUGUGAUCUGUUGUGUCAUCCUGGUGUUUGUGGUUUGCUACAGUCCCUAUCACAUAGACCUGCUCCAGUACAUGAUCCGAAAACUUCAGUACCAUCCAGACUGUGAUGAACUACAUGCCUUUCAGAUCUCACUGCAUGUCACUGUCAGUUUUAUGAACCUCAACUCCUGCCUGGACCCUUUCAUCUACUUCUUUGCCUGUAAGGGCUACAAGAAGAAGGUGCUGAAGCUUCUUAAGAGGCACGUGAGCAUAUCAUUAUCCAGUAUGGUUCGGACAUCGCCAGAGGAAUAUUCCAGGGACAUUGACAAAAUCAACAUGAGCAGUAGGGUCUAUCAGAAGGAAAGGAGCAGCAUGAUAGUGAGUGACUGAGAAACACAAACCAUUUGGACUAACUUCAAAAAGAACAGAACAAAACAUGAUGGCAUGUCUGAAACCAUCAAGCAAGUCAUAUCAAAUUUAACAGCUCAAUGUGGUAAAUAGUUUGUGAUAAAUGUGUAAAUAUUUUA